UAAAAAUGUUUACAAGGCUCAGUUGUACCAAUAAAAAAAGGUGGAAAAGAGGGAGCUUGAAAGCCUCUGAUGAAGUUGUAAUCACCUUGCUUGACAGAAAAGAUCCAGAGAAUUUGAGAGAAGCGUUCAAAGUCACAAGUAAAUUCAUUCAAAAAAUAUUUCCCAACCACCUACUAGGAACCUGAUGCACAGCAAAGAUGAGCACACAAAUCUCAUGCCAUAAAGAGUAGGCUCUUCUCUCUAGGGCAGCUCCUCUGCAGUGUUGGGUGGACCCAUGGGAAGCUGUCAGUGAGGAAGGGCACAGCCAGGUGUGUGCCAGCCAGAUUAUCCUCACACCCCACAAAUAAGGAUGUCAUCUCUCCUGCACGUGUAAAAGGGAACAGACCUGUCCUCUUCACUAUAUUGUUCCCCCACCACAUCAUUUCAUCCUUGCUGAAGCCCUGUGAUACGUGUACCAACUGUGUGCCAAGCAGUGCCAGUGUAGGAAGCUACAGAGCUGAUUAAGACAUGGCGCCUGCUCCCAUGGAACUCCCUGCCUAACAAGGAAGAGAAAAACUUUACAUAAAUGACCACCAUACUGAGUCAGCGCUAAAUGCUAUAAGGAGAGACUGAUACCUUUAUCAGCAUUGGCAUUUGGAUUGGUGAGAAAAGAGACACAUCUAGCCAGGGGAGGUGGUGUUGGAACCAGGCCUUUCUUAUCUUCCCAAGUUUAGGUUAGGAAUUUGGAUAUUGGAAUCAGACAGCCCUUUGAAGCCCUUGAUUCAAAGUCCAACUGGGCCACAUAACCAUAUGAGCUAGGACAAGGGAUGGGGACAGAGUCUCAUCUGAAAAAUGUGGGUGAUAAUAAUAGUUCCCACCUCGGGGUUGCUGUGAGGAUUAAAUGACAUAACACAUGUCCAACUCUGAGCCUCAAUAAAUGUAGCUCUUAUUUCCAGACUUUAGAGAUAAGGCAAUGGAUGGUGGGAAUUUAGAACAAUCCAGACAAAGGCCCUGCUGAGGCACAGCACAGCCAGGAGAAGACAGGCAGGACACUCGAUCUGUUGGUGCUAAAGCAAUGGAAAGGAGAGGUGCUGGGAAAUGCCACAGGAAAGGUGGGUUCCAGCAACAGAGGUGCCCCCUCUGGUCCCAAACUGAGGAUUGGGCUCCCGGACUCAUUUAUUAGCUCUGAUAGUUUUCUUGUAGAUUUUCUAUACACAAGAUCAUUUCAUCUGCAAAUAAAGACAGUUUUUACUUCUUCAUUUCAAGUCAGAAUGCCUUCUUUUGUUUUUAUGCCUAAUUGCUGGGCUGCCUUUAACUCCUUUUAUUUUUGACUAGGUGAGAAGCAGGCUUGGCCAGAGUCAGAGAGAGAGAGACCACCCUGUAAAGGCUCAGCCAGUUAAAGCAGGGCAUGCAGGCAGAGCCAGGGAGCGAGCCACAGCUGGAGGCUGCUCUUGUGCCAAUGAACCUUCCUAAUUCCUCCUGCGUCUUAGAAGCCAAGAUGUGUGAGGGGAACAAGACCACCGUAGCCAGUUCCCAGCGGAUGCCCCUGGUGGUGAUCCUGAGUGCCAUCUCCUUGGUCACAGUGGGACUCAACCUGAUGGUCCUAUAUGCUGUGCGGAGUGAACGGAAGCUACAUACUGUGGGGAACCUGUACAUCGUCAGCCUCUCAGUGGCGGACCUGAUUGUGGGCGCUGUGGUCAUGCCCAUGAACAUCAUCUACCUCCUCAUGUCCAGGUGGUCCCUGGGCCAGCCUCUCUGCCUCUUUUGGCUUUCCAUGGACUAUGUGGCCAGCACAGCAUCCAUUUUCAGCGUCUUCAUCUUGUGCAUUGAUCGCUACCGCUCUGUCCAGCAGCCCCUCCGAUACCUGAGGUAUCGUACCAAGACCAGAGCAUCAGCCACCAUCUUGGGGGCCUGGUUUCUCUCCUUCCUGUGGAUUAUUCCCAUUCUGGGCUGGCAUCGCUUCAUGUCACAGACUCCAGGGCACCGGGACAAGUGCGAGACAGACUUCUAUGAUGUCACCUGGUUCAAGAUCAUGACCGCCAUCAUCAACUUCUACCUUCCCACCUUGCUCAUGCUCUGGUUCUAUGCCAAGAUCUACAAGGCUGUACGGCAGCAUUGUCAGCACCGGGAGCUCAUCAACGGGUCUCUCCCUUCCUUCUCUGAAAUUAAGCUGAAGCCAGAGAACCCCAAGGUGGGGGCCCAGGAGCUGGGGAAGAAGUCUCCCUGGGAAGUUCUGAAAAGGAAGCCAAAAGAUGCCAGUGGUGGACCUGUCUUGAAUCCACCAUCCCAAGACCCAAAGGAGAUAAAGUCUCCAGGCAUCUUUAGCCAAGAGGAAGAUGGGGAAGUGGACAAAGUCCCCUGCUUCCCACUUACCAUUGUGCAGACGCAGACUGAGGCAGAGGGGAGUGGCCGGGGCUAUGUAGCCAUCAGCCUGAGCCAGACCCAGCCUGAGGCGAACCAUCCAGGCCUGACCAUGUGUGGGGCCAGUGAGAUGUCGGAGGAUCACAUGCUAGGUGACAGCCAGUCCAUCUCACGGACAGACUCAGACACCGCCACAGAGUCAGUGUCACGGAAAGGCAAACCAAGAAGUGGGUCUAGCGCAGGCCUGGACUACAUCAAGUUCACCUGGAAGAGGCUCCGCUCACAUUCAAGACAGUACGUGUCUGGGCUGCACAUGAACAGAGAACGGAAGGCUGCCAAACAGCUGGGUUUCAUCAUGGCGGCCUUCAUCCUUUGCUGGAUCCCUUACUUCAUCUUCUUCAUGGUCGUUGCCUUCUGCAAGAGCUGUUGCAACGAGCAUGUGCACAUGUUCACCAUCUGGCUGGGCUACCUCAACUCCACGCUGAACCCUCUCAUCUACCCCUUGUGCAAUGAGAACUUCAAAAAGACAUUCAAGAAAAUUCUGCACAUUCGCUCCUAAGGGAGGCCACAGGGGGAUGCAGCAAAGUGAUUCUUGGGAUGCCUCUGAAGAAAAUGGCAGAUGAGGCCUGUGAGUUUCCAGGCACCUGGGCUUUCUGGGGUCACAGGAAGAGUCUCAGGGGUUUGGUAGUUUGGAAAGUUCUUGGCCCCAUUGGAAGAGCAGUGGAUGGCAGUGGCCAGCAGAGAGGCUGGACUCGGAAUACAGAGCAGAAUAUCUCCAAGAGAAUCGUUCGAAUCUGGAUGAGUUCUCCUGCUCCUCAGGAAACAUGGGAGCCUCAGACGUUCGCCGCAAUCCAAGCUUUCAGACUUGAAAUGGCAACUACAGGGACACGUGGGUAGGGUUCCACGGGGGAAUUAGACAGCUUUCCUGGGCUGGAGCUCUGUGACUGUGCAGAGGCCUUACACAUGCAGACGGAUGCUGUCCCCUCCAGGGCUCACCUUGAGAUGCGUGACAGCCGUCCCACUGUGACUGCUGCUGCUUCUCAGAGCACCUCUCUUCUGAGCCUCUCUUACAGCUUUUCCCAGCGCCUGCACUACCCUGGCCGUUCUGCCUUGUUUCUCCCUCACACACUUAGAGUUCAUGGGAAAUCACACACCUUUUAUAUAUCCAUUGUUUUCAACCCCAAAUCCCCUUUGGCUAAUACCAAAAUGAUAAAAGCUGCCCUCAAAAGAAAGAGAAAAGGAAUAUUUUAAAUUGUUGCAUAUUAAAAGCAACAACACACACAAGGAAAUGGGGAGAAGAAAGCCAUGUUGUGUGAGGGCUGUGCCAUAUUUAUCUCAUUUAAGGCCCAUAGUACCCUACAGCAGGAGGGCGGUGUUACUAGACAAGCAAACAGAGGUGUGGCAGGAUGAACUACGAUGCCCAGGAUCAUGCAGCUAGUUAUGUGGCAGAGUCAGAAUGAAAACCUGUGGGGUUCCAGCUCCGUUUAACACAUUUUCCCCAAAAGGCGGAAAUUUUUCCCAUUGAGUACACACACCCACACCCACACCCACACACAGUAUUUGCAAGAGUAGUGGCAAUUCUCAAAAGAAUAUGUUGAGAGCAAGAACAGCUGACACAGAAUAUGCCACAGCCACAGAAGUUGACAUUGUGCAUUUUUAUCUGAAUUCUGCCAUGUUUGUUGACAAAAAGUCAUCAUGUUCUUUUAUGGUCACACCUCCGAAGUAAAAAAUAGCAAAGAUGUAGGAAUAUACAGUUUUACUUGGUGUUUUUGCUGCAGUCUGGUAUGAUGUGUAUUUUAGAACUUGAUUCUAAAUUGUAAUAUAUGUAGCAAAUGGGAGUGCCUGUUAACGCUGGUAUUUUGUGUCUUGUGUUCCUGUUUGCAUGAUCUGUUAAAAUGGAAGAUUUUUAACUACCUAAAAUAUGACAUUUGAAAACUAUACUGUUAAGAGUUUGACUUAUUUAAUUCUACGUUUCUGAGUCUCUUGGACUGAGAUGUAUUAAAAUAUACUGUCAAAUGUAACAGGAGCUGACGUAGGGUUUCCCUUCGGUUUCUGAUCACAUUUACAAAUGUCUUUAGAAAAGGACUUACUUUUAUACAGCCCUCACUCUCACACUGCUUUGUAUCCCCAAAAGCUAUUUUUGCUCAACACUGGGGGAGCUAAGGAGACUUUUACCCAGGUUUUAGAAGCUGCAGCUGGUCUCUUUCCAGGUCAAAAACUGUUUCCUAGAAGAACUGUGAAAGAUUUGCUUCCCAGGAUCCCUCAGGACCAGGGAACCCUUAGAAAGGCCACUCCACAUGGACCAAUGGCCAAAUACCCAUUUUUCAUGUUGAUGAAAGGCUGAGGCAACUAGUGAAGAGAAGUAGUUAUGAGCUCUGAUUUUGGGUCAAAGAGACCUGUAUUUCUCUGACAAGAACAAGAAACAGUCAAUAUAAAUUGUCAGAGCAUAAAAGGCAAAGUCCACACAUUAUUGAAUACAGUGGUUACGAUGCUUACAGAGUGUCUGGCACACAGUGGGGUCUCAUAUGCAUUUAUAAAACAUUCUGAGCAUAUACCAUGUGCUAACUUUUGUGCUUUACUGCCGCUAUCUAAUUUAACCGUUACAACACCUCAUAUGAAAAAAAACACCUUCUAGAAGAAAGCUGUUAUAGUGUACUUGAUUUUAGGAAUAAACUUGCAGACUCAGAAGCUCCUCAGGUUUCUUUUUAUGGGCUUAAAGCUGAUUAUCUUAAAGGCAAUUCCUUGAGUGACCAAUUUGCCAAAUUUACCAAAUGUUGGCUUCUUUUUAGUUAUUUACAAGGUUUACAACAAUGCAAUUCCACAAAUGACCAAUUUUCCAAAUUUGCCAAAAGUUGGCCUCUUUUUAACUACUCACAAGGUUUACCACAUUGCAUGUUGGUUUUUAAGAACAGUUUUCUACAAGAGUUGUGAAGUUAUAGUGAUUUUUGUUUUUCUUCAGAGCCGCAUACUGAGGAAUGUUCAGUAUGCUUUGUCCCCAGCUUGCUGCUAUUGCAGGGAGAGACCGAGUUGCAGAGAGGGAAGUGAGAGAGGUGAGAAUAGAGUGAAGGGAAAAGUAAGGGAUAGAAAUAAGAGGAGAGACUAUGGAAGUAGGGAAGGACAGAGUCAGAAAGGAUGGACUCGGG